AUGGACUCCGCCAAGGGUAAUAAUCUUCAAGAUAAUUAACUUGAAGGCAUACAAAUACAUAGCCAGCCAGGUGAUUCUUGGUGCAUACCUUGUAAUUGUAAUUUUCAUGGACUGACUUUUAUCUCAGAAUGAUGACUAAUGCAUCUUUGUUGACUGUGGGUGUUCUGUGAGUCAAUAGCACCACUCUCUGCUAUUGUGCGUUUGGUAGCAAGGUACUGAAGAGGUCAUACUGUACCUGACUCCAUUACGGGGUAAUUUGAUUUCUUUGUGAAGAAGACACAGCUUGUAGAUUCACUAUGGAUCACUGAAUUAGUAAAGAAGCUCUCGCAAGAGACUCACUUUGACCACACUGUCUAGUUGGAGUCCCCAAACCCUGGAUAAAUGUAUUAGUUGUGCCACAUACUGUAUAUAGAGAUCGAGAAAUCGAUUGAUGGAUAAUUUUCAAAAUGUUCAUUCGUCUAACAACUGAUCUAAUAUCUUGUCUGUGCACUGUAUGGCUGUAUUACAAUGUAUUUAUUAUUAGAACUCCUCUAAUAAAUCACACAUUUUGUGUAGAUGUGCUUUCCAUAAACAAGCACACAGACAUACAUAGACUGUUGCCUGAUUCACACUAUAUUUUCUUUUCACAUCGUCCUGACCAGCACGGUUCCAGCAACUAUGGUGGAUGGUUAACCAGCCCACAGCCUAGUACAGCUCAUCUUAUCUCAGUAGUGUGAAAUAAGUAUCUGGGCAUACAGUAUCUAAUGGCUACGUUUCUGUCCUUGUUCCAGGAAAACACUACCGCAAGUCCUGCGCCUCGUCUGGUGCCUGCCUCAUCGCCUCCUCUGGCUACCAGCAGUUCUGCACGGGGAAACUCAACUCGGUGUGCAUCAGCUGCUGCAACACACCCCUCUGUAAUGGACCCCGUCAGAAGAAACAGAGUUCCAGAAACAGAGUUCCCUCUGCCACCUCGUCCCUAAUCCCACUACACAGCCUCUCCCUCCUUUUUAUUCCCUUCCUACUGCACCCAUCCUCCAUAUUCUGCUGA